GGCGGGCCGGUACCGGGGCCAUGUCGGUGUGGACGCUGCCGCUGCUGUUCCUCAACCUGGGCGGCGAGAUGCUCUACAUCCUGGACCAGCGGCUGCGCGCCCAGAGCAUCCCGGGGGAGAAGGCGCGCAAAGAUGAAUGGACAGAUGUGGACAGGAAACGAGUGAUGAACGACAUCAUCAGCACCAUGUUCAACAGGAAGUUCAUGGAGGAGCUGUUCAAGCCCCAGGAGCUGUACUCCAAGAAGGCCCUGAGGACGGUGUACGACCGGCUGGCCCACGCCUCCAUCAUGAGGCUCAACCAGGCCAGCAUGGACAAGCUCUAUGACCUGAUGACCAUGGCCUUCAAAUACCAAGUGCUGCUGUGCCCUCGGCCCAGGGACAUCCUGCUGGUCACCUUCAACCACCUGGAUGCCAUCAAGGAUUUCAUCUACGAGUCCCCUGCCAUUCUGAACCAGGUGGAUGAGACCUUCCGGCAGCUGAUCGAAACAUACAACUGUCUCUCUGAUGGUGAAUUCCAGCUCAUCAGGCAAACGCUCCUCAUUUUCUUUCAGGACAUGCACAUCAGGGUCUCCAUCUUCCUGAAGGACAAAGUGCAGAACUCCAACGGGCGCUUCGUGCUGCCCAUCUCGGGGCCUGUCCCCUGGGGCACAGAGGUGCCAGGGCUCAUCAGGAUUUUCAAUCACAAAGGAGUGGAAGUUAAAAGGACUGAGUUCACCACUGCUGGGAAUUACGUUACUCCCCAAAGGGAAGGAUCUUUUGAGCUUUAUGGCGACAGAGUCCUCAAACUUGGAACAAAUAUGUACAGUGUGAGUCGGCCAGUGGAGACACACAUGGCAGGAUCAUCCAAAAACUUGGCAGCCCGUGCAAAGGAGAACACAGUGCCCAACCCUCUUGCCAAGGAGGAGCUGAACUUCCUGGCCCGGCUGCUGGGGGGUCUGGACAUCCAGAAACCUGCUGGUGGCGAGACGGGAUUUCGGCUGAAUUUGUUCACGACCGACGAGGAGGAGGAACACGCUGCACAGACCCGACCAGAGGACUUGUCCUACAAGGUCAUCAACAUUGAAGCCACACAGGAGCCGGGUCGGCGGGCGGAGCUGUCCCGCAUCCUGGGCGAGCUGGAGGUGGCGGAGCCGCGCCCGGGCAGCGCCGGGAAGGGCGAGGACCUGCUGGCACUGAUGGACGGGCUGUGACCGGGACACAGCGGGACACAUGGGGACAGCCCCGGGACACACCGGGACAGCCCCGGGAGCACCGGGCGGGGCGGGGAUGUGUUGGCCCCGCCC